CGCAUCACACCAGGCAGUAAGUAAGACACACACACAUUUAUGCACAUACAAACAAGUACAGUACGCAUGCACACACGCACACCCACAGUGGUGUUGUUUAAGGGAACAGGAAGUUUAUGACAUUCUACAAAUACAGAAUCAACUACACAGAAAAGAGGACGUCAAAAACUAAUUUCAAUUCAACACUGGGAAAAAAGGGCCAUGCGCUGCCUUUUUAUUUUCAUUCUUUUUACUUCAAGUGUUGCCAGUCAGGCGUAUAGGCAUUUUAAUGUUAAAACUGGAGCAUCUGUCACUAUCCCAUGUGGUUAUUAUAAGAAAUAUAUACAGCAGAAGAAAUACUGGUGCUCUGGGAAAUACUUCAACUCCUGUGAAAUUCAGGCGUAUACCAAUCAAACAACGGGAAAAGUGACAGUAACUGAUAACCCAGCUGAGAGUCUCUUUACUGUAACUAUACAUAAUCUGAAUACAGGAGACACUGGAUGGUACUGGUGUGCUGUAGAGAUUGAUGGAGGGACUGAUAUUGGUGAAAACCUUCAUAUCACAGUGAAACAAGAUCCUGAUCUGUCUGUGGAUAAGAGCAGCGUGAUCGGUAAAGAAGGAGCCAUUAUCACAGUCCAGUGUCUCUACAGCACUGCAUAUCGGAAUACACAGAAGCAGUGGUGCAGUUUCAAAGACUGCAUCACAUUUAAAACAGAAACAUUCUGGGACUCAAGAAUACAGCUCAGUGAUGAUGGGGGAAGAUUCCUCAGUGUGAAUAUGAGUAGACUGAAGAAGAGUGAUGCUGGCUGGUACUGGUGCAGUGCAGGAGAUCUGCAGGUUCCUGUUCUCAUUGAAAUUAAUAAUUCAUCAGCUUCAACAAAUAAGGCAAACGAUGCUCCAGCUGAAAGGGAAAGCAAGUCAGAGUAAGUUCUGUAAGUACAAUAGUAUAUCAGUUUGACCAGAAAUUUCACAGAGCCCAAAAUAAAGCUGUACAUUUGCUUUAUAUACAGGUAUAUACACACAUAUACACAUACUGGUCACAUUUCAAUAAA